AGGACAGAAAUCGGAGCGCUGCUACGUGUUCAGAGCAGGUUUAGCACAUUGUAGGCGUAGUAGUUGUUGCUAGAAAGCGAAUUACAAUGUCGGGCCGAGGAAAGCAGGGAGGUAAGGUGCGGGCUAAGGCGAAGUCUCGCUCCUCGCGGGCUGGGCUGCAGUUCCCGGUGGGCCGUGUGCACCGGCUGCUCCGCAAAGGCAAUUAUGCGGAGCGGGUGGGGGCUGGCGCCCCGGUCUAUAUGGCCGCGGUGCUGGAGUAUCUGACCGCUGAGAUUCUGGAGCUGGCCGGCAACGCGGCUCGGGACAACAAGAAAACCAGGAUCAUCCCCCGUCACCUGCAGCUCGCCAUCCGAAACGACGAAGAGCUCAACAAGCUGUUGGGGAAAGUCACGAUCGCUCAAGGGGGUGUCUUGCCCAACAUCCAGGCCGUGCUGCUGCCCAAGAAAACCGAGAGUCACAAGGCCAAGAGUGUGCCUGUUAUUUGAGAUCCUCUUUGUCCAUACUCAAUGGAGAAAGCUGAGUGUCUACUGGCAAAUUCUACAGCUUUCCCUGUGCUGGAAAAAAUAAUCUGCUCUUCAAGCUAUAAGUAAUCCUGAAGUAAAACUGACGGAAAUGAACAAUAUUUAUAAUUAUUUUAUUAGUUAUGUUGUUUGUGUGUCAAUAGUAGUAAAUAUUGAAAUGUUAUAGCAUUUAAAAAUUCUUCAUCUUGAAAAACAAUAUCCAUCAAAAGGCAGAAGAGGAUAAGAAAUGGGAAAGGGUGAUGGAUUUCUUCACAAUUUCUGAAAACCUCUUCUGAUCAGUUUUACCCAUGAUUUCUAAAGAACUGCAGACUUAAAGUAAAAUUGCAUUGUAUUGAUUCUGUGUGUGAUAUGAGUGUAUAUAACAUCAAUUUCUAAGUAUUGUUCCCAAUGUUUAUAUAAAAAAUUCAGAAGUUCACCAUUUCUCAACAUAAAACAGUUAUUUCUGGCUAUAAAUUAGACAAAUGAGUUCCUUAUUUUGGAAUAGGAAAGGAGUCUAGUUUUCUGAGUGAUAAUUUCUGCCCUUAUUCAAAUCAACACUCACACUAUUGCAUGUACUACAAAAGGAACAUUACUUUAGAUCACCAAAUGAAUGAAUUUAAUAUUUUAGUAAACAAAUAUAGACAAGCUAAGUAGCGAUCAGCAUUCUAAGAUGACCCCGGUUCUUUCUUUGAAUGAAAGAAGUGUGUCUUUCAUGUGCCCACUUUGCUAAAUGCAAAGUUAGGGACAAGGCAGGAAAAAGAUGAUAAAUCAGGAAAUCUGAUUGGUUAGAUUUUGCUGGAUACUACAAAAUCAGACAAACAUUUUGAAACAAACAAACAAAAAGCCACAGAUGGAAAUCACUUUUAUCGGAAGACCGUCCAGAAAUGAAAAUACCACAUUUGGAAUAUGGAAAACAAAAUAAAAUUCACUUUGAAAGGGGCUUUUAUUUUCAGCAACUCUCAGAAGCGACUGGUAUUGUCCAAAAAUGUGGCAUUUCAUUGUCUUUAUAGUUAAGUAGGACUUAAUAAUAUGACUCAGCAUACAAAAAAUGAGGAAUUAUUAUAGAAAUGAUUUUUUAAACUCAAGUCUUGGGGACUCGAAAUAGUGUGGAUGGGAGAGUGAAGAAAAUGAGAAGAUCCAAUAACCCACUUCUUUCCCUGUAAAUCGAUCAUCAGCAUCAUACAGACAGCAGCAAGUAGUGGAGGCAAAGGGAGGAUGAAAAAGACUAAUUUUCCCUUUUCCAAUCUUCAUUCAGGCCAUUUCCCAGGGUCUACAUACAGACUUCCUCCACUCACAUUGCCAUCUCUUUGUACACAUUGUAAUAUGUAGCUAGUAAGUAAUUUGAAGAUGUUUUCAUGGCAAAGGUGGUAAGGGACUUGAGGAAAGUGGUGCUAAAUGCCACUGGAACAGAAGGAGCUUUGCAGUAUUUUCUAGGAUAUUAUGAAGCAGGCUAUUCAUUGCCUGGCAAACCCUGUGGGCAUGAAGCAUAUUUCGGGACUGAUCUAUGAGGAGACUUUUGGGUACUGUAAGGAAGGGAAGGGGAACUACCUUACGUAAGAUGAUAAGGGCCUAAGUAUAUUUAAUGAAUCCUAUAUUGGCUAAUAUAUAAGUAAAUGUAUAUGUCAUAUAAAUGUUGGCCUUGUUUGGUUAAUAAGACCUUUGGAUAAACCUUUUGGGAAGGAGCACAAACAAAGCCUUCUUGACUUACUAAAUAUCCUGUUAUUCAGUUUUUCAAAUGUCCCUAACUUGGGUACAGGACAAAGAAGACACCUGCCAAACAUGACCAGGGAAAAAAAAAAAAAAGAAGGAAACUUAAUGUGUUAAAUGAGAUGAAUAGCUUUGUUAUUGCUAGUCAGUAGAAAAACAUGAUAUAUAAUCUGUUGUGUACUGUGGAAUUUUAUAGAUGAUCAUAAAUAUUAUUAAUUAUUAUAAUACAACAACUCGGGGAGGGAUAGAUAAACAGGUGUCAUUUUGGAUAUAUAAAGAGUGUGCUGAGACUUAAGUCUUUGCCUUUGUUUCUGUACAGCAUUUUGUAUGUGUGUAGAUGUAGCAAAUGGAUUGGCUACUCACCCCCAAUUGAUCACUGGGGUGUGAUAUUAUGUACAUCUGCUGAAAUAAACCUGUUCGUUGGUUCUGAAUUU